CCCCGGCAGUGUGUCCACACACCUGGACACAAUUCUAAGGCCUCAGCCUGGGGCUGGGGCUGCCUGCUGUGCCCCGGGAGAUCAUGAAACGAGGCCGCCUUCCCAGCAGCAGUGAGGACUCCGACGACAAUGGCAGCCUGUCCACUACUUGGUCCCAGAAUUCUCGAUCCCAGCACAGGAGAAGCUCCUGCUCCAAACACGAGGAUCGCAAGCCUUCCGAGGUGUUUAGAACAGACCUGAUCACCGCCAUGAAGCUGCAUGACUCGUACCAGCUCAACCCGGAUGAGUACUACGUGCUAGCAGACCCAUGGAGACAGGAGUGGGAGAAGGGAGUCCAGGUGCCCGUGAGCCCAGGGACCAUCCCUCAGCCUGUGGCCAGGGUCCUGUCUGAAGAGACGUCCCUCAUGUUCAUUAGGCCGAAGAAGCACAUCGUCUCCGCAGGCUCCGAGCCUCCAGCUCUGGGCUAUGCUGACAUCCGAACGCUGGCCGACAGUGUGUGCCGGUACGAUCUCAACGACACGGAUGCCGCGUGGCUGGAGCUGACCAAUGAGGAGUUCAAGGAGAUGGGAAUGCCUGAGCUAGAUGAGGUCACCAUGGAGCGGGUCCUGGAAGAGUUUGAGCAGCGAUGCUACGACAACAUGAACCAUGCCAUCGAGACGGAGGAAGGGCUGGGGAUUGAGUACGACGAGGACGUGGUGUGUGACGUCUGCCAGUCCCCCGACGGCGAGGACGGCAACGAGAUGGUGUUCUGUGACAAGUGCAACAUCUGUGUGCACCAGGCCUGCUAUGGAAUCCUCAAGGUGCCAGAGGGCAGUUGGCUGUGCCGGACCUGCGCCCUGGGUGUGCAGCCGAAAUGUCUGCUGUGUCCCAAGAAGGGGGGCGCCAUGAAGCCCACCCGCAGCGGAACCAAGUGGGUCCAUGUCAGCUGCGCCCUGUGGAUCCCAGAGGUGAGCAUUGGCAGCCCGGAGAAGAUGGAGCCCAUCACCAAGGUGUCUCACAUCCCCAGCAGCCGCUGGGCACUGGUGUGCAGUCUCUGCAACGAGAAGUUUGGGGCCUCCAUUCAGUGCUCGGUGAAGAACUGCCGCACGGCCUUCCACGUCACCUGCGCCUUUGACCGCGGCCUGGACAUGAAGACCAUCCUGGCAGACAACGAUGAAGUCAAAUUCAAGUCCUACUGCCCGAAGCACAGCUCGCACCGGAAGCCCGAGGAGAGCCUUGGGGAGGGGCCCACGGAGAACGGGGCUCCCCGGAGCCCCCUGGAGGCCCUCACCGGCCCUGGGCAGCAGCGUGACGAAGCCCACCGCACCAGCGUCCGCAAGCAGAAGCUGCAGCAGCUGGAGGACGAGUUCUACACCUUCGUCAACCUGCUGGACGUGGCCAGGGCCCUGAGGCUGCCGGAGGCGGUGGUGGAUUUCCUGUACCAGUACUGGAAGCUGAAGAGGAAGGUCAAUUUCAACAAGCCCCUCAUCACCCCAAAGAAAGACGAGGAGGACAAUCUGGCCAAGCGCGAGCAGGACGUCUUGUUUAGGAGGCUGCAGCUGUUCACGCACCUGCGGCAGGACCUGGAGCGGGUGCGGAACCUCACGUACAUGGUCACACGCAGGGAAAAGAUGAAACGGUCGGUGUGCAAAGUCCAGGAGCAGAUAUUCAGUCUUUACACUAAGCUCUUGGAGAAAGAAAGAGUUCCAGGUGUGCCUUCUUCCUGUGCAUCCUCCUCCUCCCUGGAAAGCAUGCUUCUGUUUAACAGUCCUGUGGGUCCUGGCACUCCCACCAUUGAGGACCUGACGUGGCAUUCGGCCUUCUUCAGGAAGCAGAUGGGCGCAUCCUUGGCCCCGUCGCUGAAGAAACUCCAUAAACGAGACCCGCUGAGACCCGGGAGCAUGGGCAAGGCCUCCCUUCGACGGCCGGGCCUGGCCGGGGGGCGGGGCGGGCUGGGGGCCCCAGGCGGCUUUCUGAACUUUGAAAAGACCUUUGCAGAUGCACGCUUCCUAUCAUCAGCACAAGAGAAAAAUGGGGUUGCGACGCCAGACCAUGGGAAACGGAGAGACAAUCGCUUUCAUUGUGAUCUCAUUAAAGGCGACUUGAAGGACAGGCCUUUGAAACCGAGUCACAAGCCUCUCAGGUCCACAGAUUCAUCCCAGAGGCACCCGGGCAGCCCCCGCGUUGCCACUCUGCCCGGGGCGGGGCAGUGGGCGCCCGGAGCCCGGAGGGAGGGCGUGCCCAGGUGCAAUGGCUCCCUGCUCCGAGCCAGCGGUUCCCAGACUGCAGCCCAAGUGCCUACCACACCUGCCAGCCCGGUGAAAAACUGGGGCGGAUUCCGGAUUCCAAAGAAGGGGGAGCGGCCGCAGCAGGGAGAGGCCCCUGAGGGGCCUGGCCACCAGCACACAGGCUGCCCGUACCUCAGCCUGGGCCGGGCACCGGCCAAGGACCGGGCUAAGAGCAAAUUAAAAUCUGACCACGAGAAUGACGGGUACGCCCCGGACGUCGAACUGAGUGACUCUGAGGGCGAAGCAUCGGAGAAGAAAUGUCCACAGGCCAGCGGCCCCCUGGGCAGGAGGGCGGACUUCAUCCGGAGGAGCAUCUUGGCCUCCUGAUGGCCGAGGGGGACAGACCCCCCGAUUCCCGGGCUACACACACAUUUACUUACAAUUCAGAUUGGGUUUUUUUUUUUUUUCAGAGUCAUUUAUAAAUCACUGUUGUGAGAAGUUUGUGUUAUUAGCAACUUGUUGAGAAAACAGAAGAGUAGACUAACGUAGGACAGCUAAGGUCAGAAGCUGAGUGUUAAGGGUUACAAGAAGGCAAGGCUUCAGUAAGCCUCUGCAUACUGUGUUUCUUGCCCUCUGCAUUCUUCCAAAGCACAAACUCUGGGUUCCCUGAAUGUACAGAAUCCUAUCUAGUUCUGCAGAAUGGACUGACACCCUGUGGAGACCAGGGCGCCACGCACAGCCCUGAGGUGUGUUCCUAGGACUGGUCGAUUUUACAAUCACUCUGGCCCCCAAGGCCAUUCUUGUUGCAUUGACAGUGUGCAGGCCGCAGCUCUGGGGCCCGCCUGCACCCCGCGUCAGGAGAGCUGGCAGGAAGGGGGCUUCUGGAGGGCUGGGCGUGGGCCAUGCCACAAGGCUUGGGGAGC